AUGAUGUUAGUCAUCUCCUUUAUUAAUGGGUUUGAUAUGGAUGCAUAUAGAUUAAUUCAAUAUGAUAAAGGAAGUCAACAAUAUGGUUCUAGAUUGACCGGAGUAAAUUCACCAAUUAGUAUUGCAAAUUUUGGUUCAUCAUCAAUUUCUGCUAGAAAUAUUAUUGUUUUAAAUAUUGAACAAUUAUUAACUAAUAACACAAAGAAUGCUAAAUUACAAACAAUUAUUAAUAGAGAAGAUGUUAGUGGAUUAUUAAUUGUUUUACCAAGAGAUGGAUUAAAUUUUGAAAUUAUUGAACAAUUUAAAUCUAUUGAAAAACAAUUACUUGUUUCUAAAUUUGAAAAGCCAAUUUAUUUCAUUUUCAAGAAUGAUAAAACAAGUCAAAUGAUUAGAGAUAUUGAAAAUGGUAGUGAUUCUAUUUUAGAUGAAUCUUAUCAAGCUGUUAUUACUGAACAAGAAGCUAAACCAAUUGAACAAAUUCCAGUUGUUAAUAUUCAUAGUUUGUUAAAUGGAAAAUCUAAUGAAAAAUCACAAACCAUUGGAAUUGUUGCUCAUUAUGAUACUAUUAGCUCAAUUCCAGGAUUAUCUGCAAGUGGAUCUUUUGGAGAUAGUACUGGUGUUAUUGGAUUAUUAGAAAUUGCUAGAUUAUUCCAAAAGAUUAACUCUGCUCAAUCUACCAAGUUAUCUCAUAAUUUGUUAUUUAUCUUGACUGGUGCUAGCAGAUUAGGUUUUACUGGAACUAAACAUUGGUUAAAGAAUGCUGAUCAAAGAUUAAUUAAUCAAUUGGAUUUUGUUUUAUGUUUGGAUAGUUUGGUUUCCAUGACUGAAAAGAACAAGUUAUUUAUUCAUAUUUCUGAAAAGAGUACUGAUAAGAAUGUUAUUAAUUUAUUUAAGCAAUUUUUAAAGACUGCAAAACAAAUGCAAAUCGAUCUUCAAUUCAUUGAAAAGAAGGUUGAAAGAGAAAUUGUUUGGGAACAUGAAAUAUUCUCAAAGAAGGGUAUUUCUUCAGCAAGUAUUUCAUCUCAAUCUGCUCCAUCUCCAUCUUUGUUAACAAAGACAAAUUCAUUAGAUCAAUUACCUCUUGAUAUUGAACAAUUGAAGAGAAAUGUUAGAUUAAUUACUGAAUCUAUUGCUAAUCACUUGUCGGAAAAUAUCAAGAUUGAUAAUUUGGAUUAUGAUGAAAAGUUUAUCAGAUCCUUCUUGAAAAUUAUGACUAAAUCAUCAAGAUUUACUCCAACAUUGAAUAAGGAUAAUGAAAUUGUUAAGAAUCUCAAAGUUACUCUCCAACAAUACACAAGUCAAGCUCAAGUUCAAGAUUUCAUUAUUGGUAAUUCACCAUACAAAUUCUUUACCAAUACUAUUGUCAAAUUAUCCAUUCAUAAGGUCUCACCAAUUUCAUUGGAUUUAAUUUUAAUUUCAUGUGUUCUUACUUAUUUGUUAGCUUUACACAUCUAUCUUGUUGGAACCAAAUCAUUUACUUCUAAUUUACUUUCAUUAUUCGAAAAACAAGAAAGAAAGAAGAAAUAA